UCAACCCACCAGCGGCAAGUGGGCGGAGACUCUAACUGGCAACGCGUUGAUCACAGCAGGGGACUGAAGAACAAACUUGUUAGGUAAGGGGUAAGCUAUUCUAGUGAGCUGGAAUUCUAUUCUACAUUUAGGCCAAACUUGUACCUACGUUUCACUUUAUCAAGGGAAUUGUUACACACCAAAUACGGGUUUAUAACCGAUGGAAAAGUAUUGGAAAACAAGAACCAGGGAUGUCGGCUAUGGGUGAACUACGGACAACAUGAUAGGCUGGCUCUGCAUAACUAUUUGCAAAAAUCACAGCUCUUGACUCUGAACCCAGCAUUUAAAAAAUAUUGUUUUGUUUCUGUUAUGUGGAAUACUUCUGAGGGACAAUGAAUUGUAAUGUUUGUUUAGAGGCCGCGUAACAUUAUUGGCCCAAUUCGCUUUGCUGGAGUUUAAAUGUGACAAAGACUUGUUCACUACUCUGCACCGACGGGGAGGACAGAACGUGGAUCUAUCGAAAGGUUCGACUGUAGACUUUAGUGCCACAAACGUCCCAGAAAACUUAUCGAAACGAGACUUUUGAAUAACGUUCCAAUACGAGGAAAUGAUGUGGAACCCGUGGCGGCAGUUGUACCGUACAGCUCUUGGCUGCAUGAUUCUGGAAAUAUUUAUUCACAAUGUUGCACAAGGUCUGAAUGUGUGUAUGAGUGGCAGCGCUAUGUCUUGUGAAGAAUGCCUCAUCAUCCAUCCAAGCUGUGCCUGGUGUGCGCAAGAGAAGUUUGGCAGUGCGAGGACCCUGACGUCGCGGUGUGACCUGCGUCAGAACCUGCAGAAGAGGGGCUGUGAAGCCCGUCAUAUGGAGAGUCCCAGUAGCAGCACCACGGUAGUGAAGAGCGAACCCCUCAGCUCCAAAGGCUCCGGGCCUACCCAGUAUGAUGUCAUCCAGAUCAUGCCCCAGAAGAUCUCCCUCAGUCUCCGACCAGGUGACCAGACAUCGUUCAAAGUGCAGGUGCGUCAAGUGGAGGACUACCCAGUGGACCUGUACUACCUGAUGGACCUGUCUCUGUCCAUGAAGGACGACCUGGACACCAUCAGGAACCUGGGCACCAAACUGGCUGAUGAGAUGAGGAAACUCACCAGCAACUUUAGACUGGGCUUCGGAUCCUUUGUCGACAAGAACAUGUCCCCCUUCUCCUACACGGCCCGCAAGUACCAGGACAACCCCUGCAAUGGAUACAAACUGUUCCCCAGCUGUGUCCCCUCCUUCGGGUUUCGCCACCUCCUCUCCUUGACUGACAAAGUGGAUCGCUUCAACGAGGAAGUACAGAAACAGAUGGUGUCUCGCAACAGAGACGCUCCGGAGGGAGGCUUCGAUGCCAUCCUGCAGGCUGCCGUCUGUAAGGAGAGGAUAGGCUGGAGGAAGGAGGCCUUCCACCUGCUGGUGUUUGCCACAGACGAUGUGCCUCACCUGGCCUUGGACGGUAAGCUGGGGGGGCUGGUCCAGCCCCAUGAUGGGGAGUGCCACAUGAAUGAGAAGAAUGAGUACAGUGGCUCCACCAACAUGGACUACCCCUCUCUGGCUCUACUGGGAGAGAAGCUGGCUGCAAACAACAUCUAUCUCAUCUUCGCUGUGACAAAAAGGCUCUAUGUCAUUUACAAGAAUUUUACAGCACUGAUACCUGGAACCACAGUGGAGAUUCUGGAUCAGGACUCCAAGAACAUCAUACAACUCAUUGUUAACGCCUACAAUAACAUCCGGUCCAAGGUGGAGCUGACCGUGUGGGAUCAACCUGAAGACCUCAGUCUGUCCUUCACUGCCACCUGUCAGGACGGACAGCCUCUCCCAGGCCUCAGGAAGUGUGCCGACCUCAAGAUUGGAGACACGGUGUCCUUCAACGUGAGUGUAGAUGCCAGAGGCUGCCCCGCUCCAGGUACCCAGCAGAGCUUCACCAUCAAGCCUGUGGGCUUCAAGGAUCGUCUGGAGGUGUCUGUGGACUACCGCUGUGACUGUGGCUGCACCAACCAGACCCAGGCUAACAGUACCCACUGCAGCUCCAUUGGCCAGUACACUUGUGGUAUCUGCCGCUGUGACCCGGGCUACCUGGGUGCCCGCUGUGAGUGCCAGGAGGGUGAGGCUGGCAGCAUGUACCUGAGCGCCUGCAGGCAGGCUGAGGGGAUGCAGAUCUGUGGUGGGAGAGGGGAGUGCAGCUGUAACCAGUGCCUCUGCUAUGAUUCAGAGUUCGGGAAAAUCUACGGGAGCUUCUGCGAGUGUGACGACUUCUCCUGCGCCCGACACAAGGGCAUCCUGUGCUCGGGUCACGGAGAGUGCCACUGUGGAGAGUGUAAGUGCCAUGCGGACUAUAUCGGGGACAACUGUAACUGUUCCACUGACACCUCAUCCUGUGUGUCUGAUGACGGGCAGAUCUGCAGCGGGCGGGGCAGCUGUGCGUGCGGGCGCUGCCAGUGCACUGAACCAGGGGCCUUUGGGGACACCUGCGAGAAAUGCCCCACCUGCCCUGAUGCCUGUGGCACCAAGAGGGAAUGCAUCGAAUGCCGGCUUUUCAGCUCUGGAAGACUGUCCGACAACCAGACCUGCCAGCGGCUAUGCAAGGAUGAGAUCAUCACCGUGGAAACGCUUAAAACAGACGACCCCAACGCUGUCCUCUGCCUGUACAAGACGGAGAACGAAUGUGUGAUGAAGUUCACGUACUCUGAACACGCCAACGGCAUGUCAGUCCUCACAGCUCUCAAAGAGCCAGAGUGUGGCGCAGCGCCGGACGCCAUGACGGUUCUCCUGGCGGUGGUGGGCAGUAUCCUACUGGUGGGCAUCGUGCUGCUAGCCAUCUGGAAGCUGGUCAUCACCGUGCACGACCGCAGAGAGUUCGCCCGCUUCCAAAGCGCACGCUCCCGCGCACGAUAUGAGAUGGCCUCCAACCCUGUGUACAAGCAGCCCAUCUCCAACGACUAUGUAGAAACCGAUUUCACUAUGUACAGCAAGUCUUACAACGGAGCAGCCCACUGACCUCCUCCACACGUGGUGUUGGUGUGGCGGGGGGCACGGCAGGACCGGUCCAAGUAGAGAACCAAGAGGGUUGGGAAAUGAAGAAAUGAACUCAACCAUCUAUCUGAUCUGCCAAAGACUUAUGACGGACUGAAACAGAAGUGAAAAUAGUAGUCUGGAUUGUUUCUGGGGAACCUGUGGCCUUUUCUCUCCCUGACUGAGAAGGGAAAUUACCCACUGCCAUGACGUGAUGAGAUGUGAGUGAAAGCUCUGGUCUGCCCUGUGUGAUUUACUGAGCUCUGGUCUGCCCUGUGUGAUUUACUGAUGUCAGUAGAAUACAGCCCAGAGGACGAGCAACAACAUUCAUGGACUCUUGGUCUGGAACUUGUUUAAAGAAGACAAAGAUAAUAAUAUGUGCUCCUCCGAGUCUUUUCUUCAACUAACAAGCAGAUGUUAUAUAAACAAAAUGGACUUCGUAGACAGAACAAUGAAACCAUGUCUGUCACUGACAAUUUGAGUGAAUUUACCAACUUUUAAGUACAUAAACCAUAACUCCUCCUUCAUAUAAGCAGCAAUAUAUACAUUGUACAGACAGACAAGGCAUCAACUUACAUUUUAGUUUUUUUUACUCUGAAAAAUGCCUUUCCUGACAGUCAACUAUGCAUCCUCCUUCAUAACAAGUGGAAAUAUUCAAUAAUGUAACGUUACAUCAGCAGGAGUCGUUCAGGUUCAUGACAUAAAAAGAGCACAUCUUUUUGGGUGACGAUGACGUUGACAUCAUGGUACUAAACAUUAAAAGAGCACUAGUUUUCUUAUCCUUGUUUUACACGACAGAUGAUGAUGUUAUUAGGAGAGUCUCAUAAAGUGACUAAGAAUCUCUCUAUUCUCAUUGUGUUGUUGUUACACGCCAUUUGCACUCUAGUCUUGAUCUGUUUAGUUAGCCUGGACCCAGAUCUGUUUGGGCUGUAUCCAACCCCUAUGGUCAUUGUCAUUGCCAAACAAAUAGAUACAUUUGGAUAUAGCACUAAGAGAUUUGGCCCCAGGCUACUAUUAAGUAUGGCUGCAGUAACCCUGCUGUCAUGAUGUGAGGGUGGGUGGAUUGGUGGAGAGGCUGGUGAAGGACUCUUAGCUGUGUUGCCAUUGGACAUAACUCUCUCUCACCCGUUUCCACAGGAAGAGGCAGGACUUUAACAUGGCACUGGAGUAAUGAAAGUGCUUCAGUAUGAGUUGGGAGGGAUGACCCCUCGUCAAAUGUGUUCUGUGACCUUUUUUGUGAUGGUGAGCAGUGUGUGUGUGUGAGAGACAGACAAAGGGCGGAGAGAAGGAGUGUGUGAGUGCGUGUGAGAGUGUUUGAGACAAAGGGGGGAGAGAGAGAGAGAGUGUUUGAGACGGGGAGAGAGUGAGUUUGAGACGGGGAGAGAGUGAGUUUGAGACGGGGAGAGAGUGAGUUUGAGACGGGGAGAGCGAGAGAGAGAAAGAGAGUGUGUUUGAGAGAGGGAGAGAGUGUUUGAGACAAAGGGAGAGAGAGAGUGUGUUUGAGAGAGGGAGAGAGUGUUUGAGACAAAGGGAGAGAGAGAGUGUGUUUGAGAGUGUGUUUGAGACAGGGGGAGAGAGAGUGUGUUUGAGAGAGUGUUUGAGACAGGGGGAGAGAGAGAGUGUGUUUGAGAGUGUGUUUGAGACAGGGGGAGAGAGAGAGUGUGUUUGAGAGUGUGUUUGAGACAGGGGGAGAGAGAGAGUGUGUUUGAGACAGGGGGAGAGAGAGAGUGUGUUUGAGACAGGGGGAGAGAGAGUGUGUUUGAGAGAGUGUUUGAGACAGGGGGAGAGAGAGUGUGUUUGAGACAGGGGGAGAGAGAGUGUGUUUGAGACAGGGGGAGAGAGAGAGUGUGUUUGAGACAGGGGGAGAGAGAGAGUGUGUUUGAGACAGGGGGAGAGAGAGAGUGUGUUUGAGACAGGGGGAGAGAGAGUGUGUUUGAGACAGGGGGAGAGAGAGUGUGUGUUUGAGACAGGGGGAGAGAGAGAGUGUGUUUGAGACAGGGGGAGAGAGAGUGUGUUUGAGAGUGUGUUUGAGACAGGGGGAGAGAGAGAGUGUGUUUGAGACAGGGGGAGAGAGAGAGUGUGUUUGAGACAGGGGGAGAGAGAGUGUGUGUUUGAGACAGGGGGAGAGAGAGUGUGUUUGAGACAGGGGGAGAGAGAGUGUGUGUUUGAGACAGGGGGAGAGAGAGUGUGUUUGAGACAGGGGGAGAGAGAGUGUGUUUGAGACAGGGGGAGAGAGAGAGUGUGUUUGAGAGAGUGUUUGAGAGAGGGAGAGAGUGUUUGAGACAGGGGGAGAGAGAGAGUGUGUUUGAGACAGGGGGAGAGAGAGAGUGUGUUUGAGACAGGGGGAGAGAGAGAGUGUGUUUGAGACAGGGGGAGAGAGAGAGUGUGUUUGAGACAGGGGGAGAGAGAGUGUGUUUGAGACAGGGGGAGAGAGAGUGUGUUUGAGACAGGGGGAGAGAGUGUGUGUUUGAGACAGGGAGAGAGAGAGUGUGUUUGAGACAGGGGGAGAGAGAGUGUGUUUGAGACAGGGGGAGAGAGAGAGUGUGUUUGAGACAGGGGGAGAGAGAGAGUGUGGAUGCGCCAAAUGUAAUAAGAGUCACAUAAUAACUGUCUCACCGUUGCUUUGUGCUUACUUGUGUCUUGGCACCCUGUGGGGAAAUGCAUUAGCCCAGACCUUUGUGAGUUCAACAGUAAAAUGUACAUUCUCCAGCAUCCUUCCUAUACAGCAUUGAUAAUUCACCAAUAGAGACCAGUAGAUUUACAACACUACUACAUGUACACGUCAUUCUGCACACAGAGCAGGAAUACAGAAGACAGCAAUAAAUGGAUGACAUAAAAGCAAACGUAUAGCCCACUUAUUUGACGUUUACUCCCUGUGGUGACCCUCUUGCAAUUUUUUGCCUGUGCAGUUUCACCUGUGCAGCAAUCGUGAAAUUAUACAUUUUGAAAUAACAAAAAUGAACAGCCGGUCUGUAGUUGUUUUUUAAGGAAAUUAACUGUAAGUGGUGGAGGGUGACACCAAACAUUAACUAAGAAAGGCAUGAAUUAAUUGGGGGUGUUGCACUGAACCUCAGGUGACAGGGCUGCUGUGUCUGUGUGGCUCUGAACCUCAGGUGACAGGGCAGCUGUGUCUGUGUGUGGCUCUGAUCCUCAGGUGACAGGGCUGCUGUGUCUGUGUGGCUCUGAACCUCAGGUGACAGGGCUGCUGUGUCUGUGUGGCUCUGAACCUCAGGUGACAGGGCUGCUGUGUCUAUGUGUGUGUGUGUUCAAACAUCUGUUCUCCUUCAUAACCAAUAAGCAGAAGUCCAUCAUCCUCGUGUAUGGUCCUCUGAUCAUAUAGAAACAGAUGAAAGGUGAUCUGGUCUCUCUUUGAUUCUGUCAUUUACACCUCCCUAACAUAGCUCAUCUACACCUUCCUAACGUAGCUCAUCUACACCUCCCUAACGUAGCUCAUCUACACCUCCCUAACGUAGCUCAUCUCCACCUCCCUAACGUAGCUCGUCUCAACCUCCCUAACGUAGCUCAUCUCCACCUCCCUAACGUAGCUCAUCUCCACCUCCCUAACGUAGCUCAUCUCCACCUCCCUAACGUAGCUCAUCUCCACCUCCCUAACGUAGAAAUAUCUUCCUAACAUAGCAGGCGUUAAAGAAACAUCUUCCUAACAUAGCAGGCGUUAAAGAAACAUCUUCCUAACAUAGCAGGCGUUAAAGAAACAUCUUCCUAACCUAACAUAGCAGGCGUUAAAGAAACAUCUUCCUAACAUAGCAGGCGUUAAAGAAACAUCUUCCUAACAUAGCAGGCGUUAAAGAAACAUCUUCCUAACAUAGCAGGCGUUAAAGAAACAUCUUCCUAACAUAGCAGGCGUUAAAGAAACAUCUUCCUAACAUAGCAGGCGUUAAAGAAACAUCUUCCUAACCUAACAUAGCAGGCGUUAAAGAAACAUCUUCCUAACAUAGCAGGCGUUAAAGAAACAUCUUCCUAACCUAACAUAGCAGGCGUUAAAGAAACAUCUUCCUAACAUAGCAGGCGUUAAAGAAACAUCUUCCUAACAUAGCAGGCGUUAAAGAAACAUCUUCCUAACAUAGCAGGCGUUAAAGAAACAUCUUCCUAACAUAGCAGGCGUUAAAGAAACAUCUUCCUAACAUAGCAGGCGUUAAAGAAACAUCUUCCUAACAUAGCAGGCGUUAAAGAAACAUCUUCCUAACAUAGCAGGCGUUAAAGAAACAUCUUCCUAACAUAGCAGGCGUUAAAGAAACAUCUUCCUAACAUAGCAGGCGUUAAAGAAACAUCUUCCUAACAUAGCAGGCGUUAAAGAAACAUCUUCCUAACAUAGCAGGCGUUAAAGAAACACCUCCCUGGUUUCCCAGCACUCUGCUGUCGACAAUGACGACCAUCACCAUGUGCUUCUCUCCUCAGCUAAACCAGUUAUGUAUUAGUUGCAUAAAUUCAGCAUAUUUUCCGAGUUCAAAUGACCUGUAAAUAAGACUCAUAGAAUAAGUAACAACCCAAAUUAAUGUCAAUAAACACAUGGAAAUA